CUCACCUUCAACAUCAUCCCGACUUUCUCGACGCAGUACUUGUUUUCGUUUCCCCAUUUUACUCUUUUCUCACCCGCGUCACUUCUUCACACUCUUCUCGCAAGCGAAUGAUGUAUUCCGCGCCCGCUCCUGGGCAAGCGCCCUGGCAAACCCAUUCACCUUACGCGUCACUUGACAACCAGAAUGCUUACAUUUCAGUUCCUGCGCGCCAGAGUUUUGGACCGCAGUCUGGUCUGCCUCCUCCGCCUACUUAUGCGCCUCCAGCCGUGCCUCACUCUCAAUACCCUCCACCUCCGCCGGUGCCGGUCAUUGCCUCGGUUCCAUCAUCACAACAACCACCCAAGAAGAAAAUGAAUUGGUCUCCGGAUGUCCGUGACUACGUCAACAGAUCUUUUGCUCAGGUCAGCGCCAUUCCUGGAGUCACUAAAGAGCAAAUUGAAGUCAGACUCAAGGACGUCAUAACGGAGGCCACGCAGAGCGGAAAGCUGGACUCGAUAAACUGGAAAGAAUUGCCACUUCCUCAGCAAAUGAUCCACGAUGAGCGGACCCGUGCCCUGUUUGCUCCUGUUCCCCCUCCACAUUAUGUUCCUCCUAUACCUGCUCCGGAGUAUUCCAACACAGCCUGGCAGCCUCGCACCGAUGUCCCUCGUAAGCGCAAAUCUCAAGAACUCACGGACGACGUUGCGUCCAACACACCCACACCACCCUGGAGAAUGAACGCACAACCUUCUGGAUCUUUUGCAGAUCGUGUUUCCUUUGCCACUUCCGAGAAGCGACUCAAACUUGACAUGAGCUCAUCCGUAAGUAAAACAAGCGCUAGUUUAGAGUCACGCAGACGGAGGUUCGAGGCCAACCGUACCGGGUCAAACUCGCCGCGCACACAAGAUUCAUCUAGAGGAGCGUCGCCCGAGCCAAAAGUGACCGGACCCAUAGUUGGGCGCUGUCAGAAGCUGGAAAAGAACUACUUCAGAUUGACUUCAGCUCCAAAUCCUGAUGACGUGCGACCCCUGGAAGUAUUGAGAAAGACCCUCGAGCUGCUGAAGAAGAAAUGGCGCAGCGAAGGCAACUACGUCUACAUAUGCGAUCAAUUUAAAUCGCUGCGACAAGAUCUGACCGUCCAACACAUCAAGAACGAUUUCACGACGAGUGUCUACGAAUAUCACGCUCGAAUUGCUUUAGAGAAGGGUGACCUGGGUGAGUAUAACCAGUGUCAAACGCAGCUAAGGGCGCUGUACAAGCAGAACUUAGGCGGUCAUCCGGUGGAAUUCAAGGCUUAUCGCAUCUUGUACUUUAUUCACACGUGCAACCAGACUGACAUGAACGAUGUUUUAUCCGAUCUAACCCCAGCAGACAAGAAAGAACCAGCCAUCAAGCAUGCCCUCGAGGUUCGUUCAGCUCUAGCUCUUGGAAACUAUCACAAGUUCUUCAAGCUAUAUCUUACUGUCCCGGACAUGGGCGCAUAUUUAAUGGACAUGUUCGUAGAACGGGAACGACUCGCUGCACUUGCGUGCAUAUGCAGAUCGUACAAGCCAGAUGUUCGGUUGCGCUUCGUUACUGAAGAACUCGGCUUCGAGUCUGAUGAAGAAGCUUGCCAAUUUAUUCUUGACCACGUAUCCGAAGACAACACUCUCCUAGAGGAACGUGAUGGAGACGUCCGAUUCCUCAGUGGCAAAGCCGGUUCGAUCUUCCACAUCGCAAAGACGAGAGCGUUCGGACAAGUCGAUAUCAAGGGGCAGAUUUGAGUGAUUCCCUUGUUUCUCAUAGCUGUCUCGGAAGCAAUAGGGUAUCUCCCCCGCCGGCGUCGAAAAAUUCUCCUAGUAUUCGCGCAUUUGCUCCACGCCCACAUACUGGUCAUCUUCUCCCUUUAUCAUAUUGUUCUACCUUUUCCCCUGCUUGCGAGGCAGGCUCUAUCUCCUAGCAGACGUUCUUAUCACUGGCAUUGUUCUUUCCGAGACCAAGAUGAAAGCAAAAGCAAUUCGGGUGGGCUGGACAGAAGAGACGGAUAUUCCAUAUUUGGCAAUACUGGUGAACAUUUACUGGCGCAAUACAUGGUGUAGCUCGAUGUAGCGUUGGCGCUGGCGGACCCGAUAAAUGCCUCGAGGAAUCAGCCUUCAACACUUCGUCUUUAGACAAGUUUGGAGAUAGGCAUCACAACAAAGCUGAAAAUUGAAUCACGGACCAUAAAAACCUACCUGUCACGGAGGAUUAACAUGGAUCGUCCACUUGGCCCUUGACCCUUACGGAGGUGAGGCUUUCGGUAAUGUUGGAGCAGUCAAGUACAUGUCAGGCCAUGCGCUUGAUGAUUUCUCAAUAUCCACUGAUUGGAUUUACGUCAAUGAUGGCCCAGUUUUGCGGCUUUGUUUUCACGCUCACAUUUUGCUGCUGGAGCGCAGUGAAUGCCUUCAUCUUGGUGUGUAUGUAAAACAUGAAGAGUAUAUGAC